CAUCUUAAUCUAUCAAUACAUCAACGUUACGUAAAGAUGAAACAUUUAAAACUAAUAUUAAUUGUUUUAAAUUUAGUAAGCCUUUUUGGUUUAAGUAUUUCAAAGCAAUUUCAAAAUGAAACAAGAGUUUCCAAAAAUACACCAGAUUGUUCUUUAUAUGCACCGAGUAAUUUGACAAUAUCAGAAUCCGCAGGUCGUUUAUGGUUAUCAUAUACUGUUCACCAUACAGAAUGUUUUAUUCUUCAAAUAAUUGAGGUGUUUUUGAACGGCGUCCAUUCACAAACUAUCAGAACAAUGCGUCCAGACUUUCUUAUUGAUCUUCCAAAACCUUGCACGGAAGUACGAGUUUUCGUCAGAAGCACAGAUGAUAGUGGAGUUGAAACCAAUGCAAUUUCGGCAACAUAUUUGACAGAGAUUCCAACCGAAAACUUUGGACUUGAAAAUAUGUGGUGGAUGAGAGAUUCUACUAGAAUCAUCGUUACAUAUUUUCCAGCUUAUCCUUAUCAAAACUGCAGAUUUAAUUAUGAAAUGUAUUACACUUUUAUGGACACUAAUAUUGUAAUACAAAACACAACGACAACUGAAUUAAUCCGUAAGUUUAAUUAUGUUGAGCAAAGAUUGUUAUGUAGAGUGAUUACGAUGCAUUUAACGCCGAUUCUUAAUGGGAAUAGAGGUAGAACAUGGACUGAAAAUGCUGUUACUGAUCGGUUUACCCCUGAUCCCGGUCCAGCUUCUGCUCUAACAUUUCAAAUUAGCAACGUUUUAAGAAUAACUUGGAGACCCCCAGUUUUCUACGAAGAAUGCAUAGUUGUUUAUUAUGGGGAAAUAGCCAACGUUUCAACCGGUGAAAUUUUAGGAACUUUUAGGGAUAUUGAAACCGAAUGGAUUUUUGAUUAUGCUCCUCACAUACAUCACACCACCACUCUUUCUAUAAGAAUUACUCCAAGUUUCCUUGGUGUUUUUGGACCAAGUGUUACAACGUUCGCAACAUUAUCACCAUGAUUAAACUAAAUGUAAAAGUGUUUAUAAUAACAAAGAAACAAAAUACUAAAAAUAAAAUUUUGUUUGCAUUUA